AUGGCGAAGGCCACUAAGGAAAUUCAAAUGGAGAACUCAAGAGAGGUAGAGGCUCACAGCACAGGGGUGACGUGCUCCCCAUCAGAAGAUCAGGCAGCAAAACCCUCCAUGCUCUGUUUUAAGAAGCGGAAGAAGUCCUGUAGGAAGGGGCUGAGCGUGAAGGAUGCGUGCGAAGGAGCCUCGGAGGAGAAAAGCCAAUGCGUCAGCACUGAGCAAGGGGAGGCGAAAGUUUCUCAUCAAUCGCGAUCCUCUGGAGGAGCCUGGGCAGCCAUCAAAAACCUCGCAAGACCUCGGAGAAGGCAAAAGCCUUCCUCGCGGAAGAAGGUGCAUUCUGAUUCCCAGGUGCAGCUGGAGGUGGAUGCCGAGGAGGGCUGUGCGCAAGGCUUCCCAAAGAAACGGGCGAGCUCUGGGGUGAAGAUGCCCUGCGUGCGGUUCUCCAGAGGCAAGAAAAAGCCCAGCCCUGCUGAAGCAGUGGAGGAUUCAGAGGGCAGCAUUCAAGCAAAUGAAGUGAUGGGUAUUUUGAAUAAAGCUUGUGAAGAGCCAGAGAAUGUGGCCCCGACGGACAAGUCUGAAUCCUUCAGCCCAGUCUCUGCAGAGGAGGACCAGGAUACAACGAAGGAAAGCACCAACGCCAUUGGGAAGAUCGAGCCCUUGACAGAGCCCACACCUGACGCAGAGGAACAUCCAGAGUGCACCACUCCAUCAGAGAUAACCGAUUCAGAGACAGUUAAUGAAACAGCCCCGGAAACAGUGCAGGAGGGGAGCCAGCCUCAAACCACAGUCCAUGCGGAAAGCGAGGAAGUUGCUCCCGAAGUGCCUGUUUCCACGGAUCAGCCCGACAGUGCCCCUGAAACCACUGCGCUGCAGGAAACCCCCAGUAUCUGCAAAGAGCUGCCUGAAGGAGAUGAAUCAGAAAAGAGCAUCAAUCUUCCUGAGGAGCACAGAGCCAAAGAGACUGUGAUGGAUUUCAGUCAGUCAGCGUUUAAAGAUGACACAGCGAGCGUGCAGGGCUCCUCCAGUCAUCAGGUGACGUCAGAAGCAAACGUGGGCACCGGUGUCGGCAUCAUCAUCACCGUCACUGAAGCCGAGGACUCUGACGGCACUGACUCUGACCAGGCCUAUGAGCCGUCCCCGGUUUUGCACCGAAAUAAGCAAAAAGGGAAUAAAAAAUCAAGCGGGAGCUUUGAUUUUGGUCAAAAAGAGGGCCCCGAGGCUGGUGGCGGUCCCCAGGCAGAGGAGAAAGGUCCAGGUGACCAGGGGCACAGAACUGGGGAGCAGUACGAAUUGCUCCUCAUAGAAACCGCGUCUUCCCUGGUGAAGGCGGCCAUUCAGUCAUCCAUAGAGCAGCUGGUCAACGAAAUGGCCCUGGAACAGAACAAGCACAACAGUUUUCUGUGA